AUGCAAGAAUACGGAUGUAAAAAGUGUGUUCAGACUUGGAAAAAUGAAAGAAGGAAAAAAUGGAAAACCUCAUUUACGGAUACGGAUGUAAAAAGUGUGUUCAGACUUGGAAAAAUCAAAGAAGGAAAAAAUGGAAAACCUCUUUUGAUAGAAUUUUUCGAUAGAACACUGAAUUAUAGAGUUUUAGAAAAUUUGUCAAAACUCCGAAAUGCGGACGAAAAUUUUAGAAGAAUAUCGGUGACGCACGAUAUGACAAAAACAGAAAGAGACCAAUGUCGAAAGCUAGUGAAGGAGUCAAAAAUUAAACAAAGCAAAGAAACAUCGGGGGAAUUAUUUUCAAGAGAAAGCAACGAUAAAAAAGAAAAAAACAAACCUGAAAUAUUGAAAUUUUUCUGUGUAAAUACAAGAAGUAUUGUAAAUAUUGAUAAAAGAACAGAACUGGAGUUAUAUAUAGAGAAUGAACAAACCGAUAUCAUAGGUAGAACUGAAUCAUGGGCAAAAGAAUCAAUUCAAGAUAGUGAGAUAGAACUGAACGGAUACGUAAUGUUUAGAAAAAACAGGGAACACAGUAAAGAUAAAGGACAGGGCGGGGGAGUGUUAUUGUACAUAAACGAAAAACUGACUGCUCUAGAAAGAAAAGACCUGAAAAACGACAAAUUUAAAGAUACCGUUUGGUGUGAUAUAAAGAACGAAACUGAAACACUGUGUGUAGGAGUAUGCUACAGAGUACCAGAUUCAACAAAAGAGAAUGACAGCGGAUUACGUGAACUGAUCAGAAAUCCCACAAAAGUGCCUUACGUAAUAAUGGAGAUUUUAACCACCAUAUUGACUGGAAUCGUAGAGAAGGCAAAAAGCUGGCAGACAAACUGUUUCUGGAUUGCAUAG